GGGGGAGGGGGGUUGUUGCUCUUCCCCAGCCUCCCACUCUCCCCGAGAGAUGACAUCUGCGGAUCGAUCAACGGCCGAGCGUUGAGGCCCUGAGAUGCAGUCUCUGUUCGGCGGAGGGGAGCUGGGGCUGCUGGGAGGCGGCGACGGCGGGGGCCUGAAGGACGACGGCUGCGGCGGCGUGGCGUGGCGCUCCUCGCCGCUGCGCCCCGACGACGUCUACUCGGCCUCCCACUUCGCCCUGGUCAGCGCCUACCAGGACAUCAAGACGAGGCUGGCCCUGCUGGAGCGCGAGAACACCGGCAUCAAGAGGAAGCUCAAGAUCUACGAGAUCAAGUUCCCCAUGAUCAAUGAGUUCGGGGAGGACACCAACUCCUACUGCUCCUUUGAGAACAAGGAGACGGCGCUGCUGCACUCAGAAAAUGGCAGCCUGCAGCAGCGAGUCAACGUCCUGACCCACGAGCUCCAGAAGAGGAAGGAGAGAGAGGAGCAGCUGGAGGACGUCAUCCAGGCCUACGAGAAGAUCCACAUGGAGAAGAGCAACCUCCAGAGGGACCUGGACAAGAUGACCGGCCUGGUGGAGAAGCACAUGGAGCGAAUCCUGGGCCUGGAGUCGGCUCUGCGGCAGAGGGACAACUCCCUGCAGAAACUCAACAUGCAGCUGCACAGCAAGGACAUGCAGUACCUGCAGCUGCACGCCGGCCCCGACGCACGCAUGCUGGACUGUCCGACAUUGACCCUGCAGAGCUCCCGUAGCCUGGACACCCUGUCCGACCUGAAGCUGCAGCGGCUGGAGGCUGAGCUGGAGGGGGCGCGGCACGAGGCCCAGGGGGCGUGUCGGAGGGAGGAGGAGCUGAAGGGGGAGUGUGAGAGACUAAAGGAGGACAUAAGGAUGCUGCAGGGCAGCCGAAGGGACAGGGAAAUGACUUCUCCGUGCAAGCAGUGUGAUGUGGAGUGGAUAAAGAAGGUGGGAGACGAGCAGGUGAACUUGGCCCUGGCCUACACAGAGCUGACGGAGGAGCUGGGACGCCUCCAAGCGCUGAGCUCCAAGCAGACGGAGAUCCUGAGGAAAGCCUCACAGGAGCAGGCUAGUCCUGUCCAGCGCCACUCUCCCAUCCACCACCAGCGCCACUCUCCGGUUCCUCAGCGCCACUCACCGGCAUCUCAGCGCCACUCCCCCGUCUCCCAGCGCCACUCCCCCGUCCCGCCUCCCUCGCACCACUCCCCCAUCCCACAGAGACGCUCCCCGGUGCCGCAGCGCCUCUCCCCCGACACUCACCGCCGCUCCCCCCUGCUGGACGUCAGCGACGAGCCGGCCUCUUACUCCUGCCGCCCGCCCAGCCAGCACCUGAGGGCCAGCUUCCAGGGCCGCCGCAGCUACUCCGAGGUGGCCGACCCCUCCGCCUACCAGUGCCCCCCCCGCUUCGCCCUGGACCCCGUGGCCACCCUGCCGAAGCCUCGGCCCUACAUCGAUGGCUACGCCAAACAGCAGCGCGGGGGCUCCUCCCACGGGGGCCCGCUGCACCGAGGCUCCCCGUCCCACCACCAAGGCGGCCCCGGGGGCGACGGGGGCCUCGGGGAGAGCUCCAUGCGACACUCCAGGGAGAUGCCGUUCCCGCUGUCCGAGGUGGCCCACCUGCGUUUUGAGCCCCCGCCGCCCUCCACGCCGGCCCCCCAGCCCCCGCAGUCCUCGGAAGACGAGGAGGAGGAGUGGAACUGCCCGCAUCCCAUCAGCCCCCCGCGGACGCUGGGCGUGCUCUCCGCCGCGGCGCCCUGCGCCUCCAUGAGGGGCCCGGCGUCCUGCUCAGUCUUCCCCAUCCCUCAGAGGUCAAACACCCUGAGCUGCCACCCGCAGCCGGGAUACAUGUCAGCAGAGCACGCGCAGUCCUGGCCUUCGAUCAAUCUCUGGAUGGAGACGGAGGAGAGCGACAUGCGGAGCUGCCCUCUCUGCCAGCUGAUAUUCCCCAUGGGUUACCCCGACGACGCCCUCAUCAAGCACAUCGACUCCCACCUGGAGAACAGCAAGAUCUGAUUGCCACGGCAACCACCCGGCACACAUCAGGCGCUCUCCUCUUUGUAGAUUACGUAACGGCACGCGGGAGACGGAGAGCGGGGAACGGCCGGCGCGGCCGUGUACGCAAUAACCUACAAGUCAGGGACGCAAAAUGAGUGCAGGGCGCCCGUUACAAGCGGUAAGCACUUUACACUCGUGUCUCUGGGGAACUCCCGAGUCCACAUGCAGAGUCCCUCACGGGUCGCCCUCCAGUCAGCCCCGCCCGUAUGAUCCCCGGUUCUGGUUUCUGCUGUUUUGUAACAAGUCUUGUUGUGUGGUUUCAGGUAUUGUGUUGUUGUAUUUUUUUCCCGCUUCACAGUGUUGUACACGUGGAUUUAGCAAAGUGCGGCAAAGUACGAGGUGUGAGAGGCGGGUUCAGGGGGGCCUCUUUGUGUCCAAAGGUCAGGGUUCAUCAGUUUCAAUAAUCAGGGAGAUCUGAGGCGAGGUCAGAGUAUUCUCUACACUUAGCUUUAACUACUGUUAACCUGCUUGGACGUUUUCUAUCACACACGCAAACACACACACACACA